AAUUAGAGCUCGUUUCCUCCGACCUCAGCCUUUGGUCAGUUUGGAGGAGGGUGUGAAGAGGGAGAAAAAAGAAAAAGAGGAAGAGAGAAAACAGAAGGGAAGAGAGAAGAAAACCAGACACGAGCUAGGGAGAGAAGGUUGUAACUCCAAAGUCCAAUUCCUGAAAGCUUUCAGAAAGGAAGAUCUGCUUUUCCCAGAUGUGCAUUCUCAGCUCCUGUAGAGCUGGAGAGGAGCGGGGAGCGCAGCUGAGGUUGUACUCUGGUGUGAAAGGCUACAGGAGAAGGACUGGCCUCACAUAGCCACAGCAGCAUUGGCCAUUGCAGCUCCAAAGCCAGGAGCCAUGCUGUGUCCAUGCCUCUUCACGAGGGACUGUGUGCCUACCUGCACAGAGAGGACUACUGCAACAUCAUCUCCAUUCCUCUUUCCUCAGGUCCUGUUGGAUGGCCAUGUUGAAGGUGUGCUUUGUGGGCGGAAGGAACCUCGUGCCCCUGGCUCCUCGAUUGUGGAGGAAUUUCAUGUCCCUUAUAACACCCUCACUGUGAGCUUCCAAUCAGACUUUUCCAAUGAGGAGCACUUCACUGGAUUUGCAGCCUACUAUGUUGCAGUGGAUGUGGAUGAGUGCACGGAUUUUGUGGAGGAACCUUGCAGUCAUUACUGUAAUAAUUACAUUGGAGGUUACUUCUGUUCAUGCCCACCAACUUAUUUUCUCUAUGAGGAUAACAAAACAUGUGGAGUGAAUUGCAGUGGAAAUGUCUUCACUGAGCCAUCAGGGGAGAUUUCCAGCCCCAACUAUCCCAACCAGUACCCAGAGAACUCCCAGUGUGAGUACCGAGUGGCUCUUAGCCCAGGCUACUUUGUGGCAUUGACCAUACGCAGCGGGGACUUUGACGUGGAACCAGCCGACUCAGCAGGGAGCUGCCACGACAGCUUAACAAUUGUUUCUGGAGAGCAGCGUUUUGGUCCCUAUUGUGGCAGCAAAUUCCCAGGUCCUCCUGAGAUCAAAACAAGGAGCAACAUUCUUGACAUAAUCUUCCAGACAGACCAUGCAGAACACCAUAAAGGCUGGAAAAUACGCUACUAUGGGGAUCCUAUAAGCUGUCCUCCAAGUGUCAUCCCCAACUCCAUUCUUGACCCAAAGAAAGACAGGUAUAUCUUCCAGGACAUUGUGAAGGUGACCUGUGUCGAAGGCUACGAAAUCGUGAGGCAACGAGACAGCAUCCUGACUUUUCACUCCAGCUGUCAGCACAAUGGUGAAUGGAGCAACUCCCAUUUCAGCUGUGUUCCUGUAAACUGUGGUGAUCCCAUUCCUGUUGACAAUGCCCAAGCCAUAUACAUCUCAGAACCUCAUAAGCCUCUGUACAAAGCUGCUUUCCACUAUCAAUGUGAUGCACCUUACUAUACCCUAGAAACCAAAGGGGAUGCCGUGUAUCAGUGCUCAGCCAGUGGAGAAUGGGUCAACGAAGAGAUGGGAACAAAGCUACCAAAAUGUGUCCCAGUCUGUGGGGUGCCUAGUAAUCCUGUCCAAGAGAAGGCCAAGAUUUUUGGAGGCACUCUUGCAGAAAAAGGCAACUUUCCCUGGCAAGUGUAUUUUGAAUACCCAAGAGGAGGUGGUGUACUCAUCUCUGAAAGAUGGGUGAUGACUGCAGCUCACGUGCUGGAGGGAUAUGACAAGCCCCACAUGUAUGCUGGGGUCAUCAAUGUUGGUAGAGAGUCCCUGUUCAGGGAGGGCAAGCAGCUGAUCCCAGAGGCUUCAUUCAUCCAUCCUGGUUGGAAGAAGCAGCCCAUAGAAACCAGGACUGAUUUCGAUAAUGAUAUUGCACUAGUGAAGCUGAGGGAUCCUGUGAAGAUGGGCCCAAACAUCUCACCCCUCUGCCUGCCUAGUAAAUCACCUGAGUAUGAGCCGCAAGAAGGGAUUCUGGGCUACAUUGCUGGCUGGGGCCAGAAAGAGAGAGGAAGACUGCCUGUUUAUCUUUGGAAGGCCCAGAUUCCCGUGGUGGACAUGGAGAAGUGCCGAUCUGUGCAGCCAGAGGGCUCUGCUGACUCCAGUGCUUACCGGUUCACUGACAACAUGAUCUGUGCUGGUGGGGGGAAGGACAGCUGCAAGGGGGACAGUGGUGGAGCCUAUGCUAUCCAAGAUCCUCAGGAUGACAGACGGUACUAUGUGGCUGGGCUGAUCUCGUGGGGACCAAGAUGUGGUACCUUUGGUCUUUACACCAAGGUAGUGCGUUAUUUGGACUGGAUUAAAGAGACCAUGAGCAAGCACGAGGAUGCAGAACUUUGGCAGGAUUAGCUCUUGGUCUUUUCAGUACAGUCAGCUUUCUGAAUGUGCUGGUUCAUGUUCGGGCUGGCUGGGAUCCUGUUCACUCUGUGUAUGUAGCAUGGGCCUACUCAUUGUGUCUGUGCUGAGUGGAGAGGCUGGGAAGGGCAUUUCUUCUCCCACUCCCAGAAGCAUAAAGGAAUGAUGCUAUUUUGAAUAAAGAGGCUCCUUCUGCUUCCUCUCAUUUUUUUCUUUCCCAUUUUUUCCCACUUGGAGAAAAUGGAGCCAUACCCUACCUGACAGGGAGAUUUCAAUGCAGAUGAGAAUAAUUGUUUGUUCUAGUGUAGGUUCAGAGCCUGAUUUCUGAUGUAUUUCCUGUAUUGUGCAGAAUAUCUAACAGCAUAAAAGAAUGUCCAAAUUGC